CUUUGGGCUUUGUCAGAGCCCAAGACCUGCUCUGCGGUUUUACAUGUACGUUCUGGAGUCAUCACAGAGAGAAUAGGACACACAAACCCACAGCAAAACCCACACAGGCAGAGCUGAGAACUCUUCAGGAAGCUGACUUGAACUAAACCACUCACUUAUUUUUCAUCACAUUACGUCUGGCUCUGCUGCCCCAUCACCAGAUGAACUAAACUCAGUCUCUUACACCGGGCUUAUUUGGAAGUGCUGUUUCCAUUAGUACAUGGCAUAGGAGUGGGGCUGUGACCAUCUGGAAGAGGACGUCUUUAACACAAAUUUGUCCUAAGGAAAAUAUUUUCAGAGUGGAAAGGAAGCUCGUUUUACUCACUGAAGCAUUCAACUGAUAGCAUCACCCAGUUGUGUGGGAGAGAAGGGGAUUUUGUACUCAUGUGAAACUCUUGGGUCUUGAGAAAUUAAAGAAUCUGGAUGAAUUCCUACUGAAUGGAGAUUAUUUCAAAAGGUCCCUGAGAACUCUCUUUCUCUCUACGGUUCCUGCUCUUGCUGAGUUGAAACGUUGCGUUUUGAGGUGGAAUUUGAGAAAAUGCUGGAUUCAAUCAAGUGCGUGCUGGUGGGAGAUACCGCUGUGGGGAAAACAUCACUCUUGGUACGUUUCACCUCUGAGACUUUUCCCGAUACUUACAAGCCCACAGUGUAUGAAAACACAGGGGUGGAUGUCUUCAUGGAUGGUGUCCAGAUUAGCCUAGGCCUUUGGGACACAGCAGGCAGUGAUGCCUUCAAAGGCAUCCGCCCCAUCUCAUACCAACAGGCUGACGUAGUGUUAAUGUGCUAUUCAGUGGCCAACCACAACUCCUUUUUAAACCUGAGGAAUAAAUGGAUUGGUGAGAUCAGAAGCCAUUUGCCUCGAAUCCCCGUUUUAGUGGUGGCAACUCAAACUGACCAGCGGGAAACAGGACCCCAUCACAUGUCCUGCAUCAGCUCAGUUGAUGGGAAGCGACUGGCCCGUGAGGUCCGAGCUAAAGGCUACGUGGAGUGCUCUGCUCUCAGCAACAGGGGAGUGCAGCAAGUGUUUGAGUAUGCAGUCCGGACUGCAGUCAAUCAAGCCCGAAAACAGAAGAGAAGGAAACUCUUCUCUGUUAAUGAGUGCAGGAUCUUUUGAAGUCCCUUUAUUACUCUAUUAGCCGCGUUACUUCUUCCCUUGAACAGAAGUACAUCAGCACAGAAAAUGGAAGGUGAGCCAAGGCAGGACCUCUGGUAGGAUCACCAAGCUAGUGUUCCUGAUGGGCCAGAUGUACUUGCUAGCUGACUUGACUUUUCCCUUUCCAUCAAUAAUGCCUUUGAACAUGAAAAGUGCAGCUCUCCUUUCUCCACAAAACUGUAAAUGAGCUAAUUUACUCUAGGCUGCCUGGUCACAGAGGACUGGAGUGAGCCUGAACUGGAGACUUAUGGAUAAUAUCUAUGUUCUUUAAUUUUUCAUUUCUAUUGUUGGUUUAUUUGUCCGCACUUAUUUAAUGAUAGAAGGCAUCUGCUUUGCCUGAAAUCCCUGCUGACAUAAUUUCUCAUGCUGAGUUUUUGACUCUAAGAACUUUGUAUAUAUAAUCUGAUCAUUGUAUAUUUAAUUUAAAAAGACAGUUGUACAUUUUGUUUUAAACUCCUCUAAUAUAGUUUGUUUUCUCUAGCUAACCACAAAUGCAAACUGUCAUAUCUGUGAAACAGUCUCCUAGGACCAAACUCUUGCAUUUCUUAUUGAGGUAAAGCCCCAAUAGAGUAAGUUAGCAAUGGGGGUGAGGGCUGGAAUACUGGGGAUCAUUAAUGGAACAGAAUCUUUCACCUUUGCUGGUUUAAAUCCAACUUACUCAGCCUGGAAGUGACCAAAAAUUAUUGAUAGUUGAUCUGUGUCUUACAUAAUAUUUAUUUUAUGGCCUCAGCCCAGUUCCCAGCAGGCUGAUGACUAAAUCAGAAAACCUGCCAUACUUGGCAUUUGGUGACUGUCUCAGCAAAGAGGUCAAAGAGUGAAUGGGCCAGAGGAAACUGACGUGCUCUCUCAUCCCUAGAGGUGCUGGCUCCCAGAUAGAACUUCUAGGCUCCCGGAUGGGACAGUGCAGGGACGCUCACAUCGUCAUGCAAUGUGCUGCCCCUGAUCUGCUGGCAGAAGAUUUCAGUCUCCAGACAUUUUUCAUAAGCACUAAAAUUCUCGCUCACAUUUUUUUUAUGAACAUUUUUCUGAACAGAGGUUUUGUUGAAACCAGUAAUCUUACAUAUUAAGGGUAAUCAAAUACAUGGUGACACUGAAUUGAUAUAAAUUGAAUCAGCAACAAACAAUUUCUGGAACUGGAAAGCCAAGUGUAAUUACUUUGGAUUUCUGCAAGAUAUAAUUCAAUAUCCUUUACUUACCAGAGGAGACUAACAAUAUUUAGGGUCAAAUCCUUGGGGCUAGAUUAUUCCCCUGCAGAGAAAACCUGCAUAUGGGUUUGCAUGGGAUAAAUCUAUUGGGGGGCGAGAGUGGGCUUUGCCCCCGUUUCAGGAUGGCAGUCGUUCAACGCACACAACCUGUGGAUUCUCUGAUAUAUGCACUGGUCUCACUGGGAAUCAGGGCCUUUUGUGCCACCACACCCUUGCGACUCUUGCCCCAUACAGGGGUUCUGGAACAAUUUGUAUAGUGGAGGUGCUGAGAGC